AUGACGGUUACAUGUAUAGUGUGUAAAAAGUUUGCCAUUACUGGCAUUCUCAUCCGUAGUUUUCACAAGUUUCCCAGUGACGGUGUUCUACGACAUAAAUGGAUUUCUGCAUUAGGUCUUUUAAAAGUGCCAAAAACUGCUACAGUCUGCAGUGAUCACUUUGAUGAGAAAUCAUUUCAUCAAACAGAUGGAUACACAAGAGUAAGGCGAUUAUUGGCAAACGCUGUUCCAUCAACAUGGAAAAAAGCAAUUCCUUGCGCAGAAGAAAAAGCUUUAGGUACAAUCCAAGUCGAUGAAAACAUUACAAGGGCGUGUGGUGGAAUUGGUUGUCAUAACCUAGCAGUCCACUCUCUUGGUCUCGUUACCAGUCCUACGAACAAUUGUCCAAUUGUGUUUGUGUGUACAUGUGAAAGAAAUGAAAAUUUCAAUAUAGUACACACAAAAAAUUCAAUGCUGCUUAGUAUGCAUACAGCAGGUACUUGUCAGCGAUCAAUGAGGAUAAAUGAAAAUUCAUCUAUGUAUAAUGCUGGUAGUGAAAAUAACUCCAACAGAAAAGUUUGUCAGCUGAAACAAAUCUUGAGGUGCCAUAUAAAAAAACGAAAGAAGAACAAAGUUCAGGAAAAGGAUGUAGUAAAAUAG